UUUAUUAAUGAUUCUAAUAAAAUAAGCACAAACAACUAAAUGCUAUGAAUAAAAAAGAACCAUAUAGACUCUAACUACAUUGUCAAUUAUUUAGACUGAAAAUAGUAUAAUAAAUAACAGAAUCACAGUGUCAUGAUAUUAAGAUAUUAUAAACAGUGGCUUAUUAUGUCCUUAUUGGAUGCCAGGAGCUGCGCUAAGUGCUUUCUAUAUACUACUUCUUAUCAUUUGCACGAGACUACCGAUGCCUGGGAAUUAUUGAAGCUGCCAUUCAAAGUUGUACAACUUGUACAUGAAACUGCGACCUCACAGAGCCCAGGCUCUGUGUCAGAUGUGAAGUCAGGGGGAGCCCCGGGGGACCACUUUAGUCCCUAAACUCCCGUCUGUCUCUGUCUCUCAUGCAGCUCCAGUACCAGGGCAGCCCCUUCAGUGACCCCGGCUUCUCAGCCCCUGAGCUUCAGCUCAGCAGCCUGCCUCCUGCCGUCGUCUCCUUCAAGACCUGGCAUGCCCUGGAUGACAGGGAGCGGCUGAGCCAUGCCCAAGGGGCCUUCCUGGCCUUGACCCAGCACCUCCAGCUUGUGGGGGACGACCAGAGAGACCUGAACCCUGGCAGUCCUAUGCUGUUGGCCCAGAUCGGGGCUGCAAGACUCAGGGCCCAAGGCCUGCUGGGCAACAUGGCUGCAAUCAUGACUGCUCUGGGCCUGCCCAUCCCCCCAGAGGAGGACACUCUCGGCGUUGUUCCCUUCGGGGCCUCAGCCUUUGAGAGGAAAUGUCGAGGCUACGUAGUGACCCGGGAAUAUGGCCACUGGACAGACCGAGCUGUGAGGGACUUGGCUCUGCUCAAGGCCAAAUACCCUGGAUAGAGGAGGCAGGACAUCCUGUCAGAGGCUGCAACAUUUCUUUCCCAAUGGACUCUUUUCUGCCUUUCUUCUUGGCUAGAAAGGAGACACAUCUUGUCUAGCAGACAGGGCGUGUAUGUUUGGGAAUAUUUCCUAGGAACCAGGCCCCAAGUCCCUAUUGCCUGGGCCUUUCCUGCCUAGGUCCUGUGGCCUCCCUUCCAGAUCCGGGUGGGACUCUGUGGGUAUCAUUUCGUGGAGUCUCAGUCCAGUGGUCCUGGUUGCCCACAUCCUGGGUGGAAAGAAGUGCCUUUUUGAAGAGGCUUUACUUCCCACUCUGCAGGGAGAGGACAGUUGGUCUCUUUCCUGGGCUCUCCCUGAGACCUUCCUCUUCCUUUAAGUUUAGGGAGGUCCAGGGGCUGCCUUCUUGUCUCUACCUCACUUCCUGUGGGAAGCUAUGGGCUUUCUGCACAGAGAGGCCUCCCUUCUUGCUGGAGUUCAUUGCCUCCCCUAGUCUACCUCCCUGACUAGGGCCACUGUUCCAACUUUCCAUCUUGAGGGACUUCACUUCCUGAUCAAUAGAAGUCCAGUUGAAAAAAGUAAGGAGGACUCCCGUAGAUGUUUCCAGCUCGGGGCACAUCCACUUCCUGUUCUAGAGUGACUGAUGUUAUCCCUGGCCUGGGGGCAUUUGCGACUCCCUAUUUAUACUGUGGCCUUUGGGUCUGUCUGGGGGACCAGGCUGUGCCCCAAGGAGUCUAGUCUCCUCAAAGGUGUCUCCCCAUUUUUAACAACUAUAUAUACUGGUAACUCUGGUGUUUUUUUUUUUAUUUUUAAACAUUUUAUUUACAAAAAAUUAAUUUAUUCUCAGAAAUAAACUCUUUUAAGGUGUUGAUCUUUUCUCUCCAUAGACCUGGCUUGAGGGGAGGGGAGGUGCAGGGACAGAGCAGAGGAGAUGAAGGAGGGGAAGGACAUCCAAGGGAGAAGCAAGCAGGGCCCACCCAAAGGGCCGGGAUGGGGGAGGGAGAGCGCAGCAGGGGGAGUGACCCUGUGGAAAGGGGGCUGCAAUCUGUGUGGAGGAGCCCUCCCACCCGGGCUAGCAGGGAAGGCCAGAGUUGAUGAGGUGUCCCCUCCGUGAGAUGAGGCUGAGAGGUACACAUGCUCACAUGGGGCCAAGGAGAGCCAAGAGAUGGAGAAAAGGGGAGACAAAGAGGCCCCGCAGAGAUGGGUGAAGGGGGAGGCCAAGAGAGACGGAGGCGGGCCCAAGCGAUGGAGAAGAGGGGGAAAGCAAGAAAGCGUGGACACGGGAAGUCACGAACACACGGAGGUCCGACAGGGAGACGCGGAGAGCACACAAAGCAGAGAGACGACAGAGGCAGGGAGAGAGACGGAGACGGUCGGAGCUCCCGAGGCACCGACUGAGACAGAGACGGAGAGACGGAGACGGACGCCGAGCGGAUGACAGCGAGCCGCAGGCCC